UCGUUUUCCACGUCUCUCUCUCGCGAUGGGGCUCUUCUCGUGGUGGAGGGGAGGAGGGCGACGCGGCGGCGGCCCGCCGGAGCAGCCGGGCCAGCAGGCCGCUGCGGUCUCGGGGGCCGGGGGCGCCGAGGCGGCGGCUUCCGGGGCUCAGGGGGCGGUGGAGGUCCGGCGGCAGCGGCAGGCGGCGGACGCGACGGUCUUCGAGUUCGGGUCCGCGGCGGAGUCAGGCGCCGCUGUCACGCUCGCGGGGUACUGCCCCGUCUCCGACGACCUCGAGCCGUGCCGCUGGGAGCUGGUGCCGGCCGCCGGGGAGGGCGCGCCGCAGUUCCGGAUCGUGUUCUGAGCGUGAGGAGCGCACCCCCGACUGGGACUGUACCAGGUUCUAGAGGUAUAAAGGUGUGGGUGCGGUACUUGGGUUUGUACUGGUUACCAGGCAUUCAGUGAAUAAAACUUGAGGUACAAUUGAUGAAUUUGAUGAUUAGAUUUGGCCGAUCA